AUUCUCCGUGCUACCUGCCUCAUGGCAACCCGUUUUUAAAGCCACAACCCCAAAGUGCGCCAGCUGAGGAGUGCUCGGCAACACGACCGCACUGUGCGCCGCCUGCCUCUGGAUUAACGCUGACAUAGCGGAGUCAGGAGGAUUACACAACUCUCCAGAGCCACAUGAAGAAAAAGACAUGGGGUGGGCCACUCAAGCAUCACAGCAUUUCGAGGCAAAACUCUGAAGUGCCGAGCCGCUUGAUUUAUUAAGUGGAGGUAGAGCUGGACAACAUCUGGCUGUAUGAUGCAUUUUACCUCCCCUUAGGUUUGGUUGUAAGCACCGAGAGCAGAGCAGCCAUCACCCUUCAGUGCUUCAUCUGAAUGGUAAUAUGGACAGCUUCAAUGGAGGGAUUUUAACUCAACAUGCCCAGGAACUAUGAGCCUGGUCACUCAGUAGGGAUGUUGGCUGCCGUGGAACAUGGUCCCAUCCUCUGCAGCGACUCCAACAUCCUCUGCCUUUCGUGGAAAGGCCGGGUCCCCAAGAGCGAAAAGGACAAGCCGGUGUGCCGGAGACGGUACUAUGAGGAGGGCUGGCUCGCCACAGGGAACGGGAGAGGAGUUGUUGGGGUGACGUUCACAUCGAGUCACUGCAGGAGGGACAGGACUACACCUCAGAGAAUCAAUUUUAACCUGCGAGGACACAACAGCGAGGUUGUCUUGGUGCGUUGGAAUGAACCCUUUCAGAAGCUCGCCACCUGCGAUAUGGAGGGAGGUAUAUUUGUGUGGAUCCAGUAUGAAGGAAGAUGGUCCGUGGAGCUGGUGAACGACAGAGGAGCACAGGUGAGUGACUUCACUUGGUCACACGACGGAACUCAAGCCCUCAUCGCGUACCGGGAUGGCUUUGUGUUGGUUGGCUCCGUCAGUGGGCAAAGACACUGGUCCUCCGAGAUCAACCUUGAGAGUCAAAUCACUUGUGGUAUCUGGACGCCCGAUGAUCAGCAGGUCUUGUUUGGUACAGCAGAUGGUCAGGUGAUAGUGAUGGACUGUCACGGGCGAAUGCUUGCCCAUGUUCUGUUACACGAGUCUGAUGGGAUCGUGAGCAUGUCCUGGAACUGCCCUGAUUUCCUGGUGGAGGACAGCACAGAGAGCGACACCGACUCGGACGACAAUAUUCUGCCUUUAGUGCGCAGAGUCAAGCCUCUGCUGACGGUCACCUUCUUAUCAGGAGAUAUCAGUUUGAUGAACAACUACGACGACCUCUCUCCUGCCGUAAUUCGCUCAGGGCUAAAAGAUGUUGAGGCCCAGUGGUGCUCCCAGGGAGACCUCCUGGCUGUGGCCGGCAUGGAGAGACACGGGCUUCCUGCAGAGUCUGCAUGCGCGUCCAUAAUGAGGAACGCCCUCGUUAAGUUCUAUAACGUCCAAGGAGAACACAUCUACACUUUGGAAACACCGGCACAGAGACCCAUCACCACCAUCUGCUGGGGUCACAGAGACUCUCGUCUGUUCCUUGCAUGUGGGCCGGCGCUGUACGUGGUGCGCGUGGAGCACAGGGUCGCCAGCCUCCAGCUCCUCUGCCAGCAGGGCAUCGCCAGCGCCCUGCGAGAGGAGAAAGACGUGGGCAAACUGAACAUGCCCUCGCUGCUCUGCUCUUACGUCACCACCGCUUUCAUACCCACCAUCAAGCCCCCAAUCCCUGACCCCAACAACAUCCGUGACUUUGUCAGCUAUCCCACAGCUGGGAAUGAGCGGCUCCACUGCACCAUGAAGCGAGCAGAGGACAGCCCUGAAGCAGGCGGACCCUGCUACACUCUCUACCUAGAAUAUUUAGGAGGACUGGUGCCGAUUCUUAAAGGAAGGCGCAUCAGUAAACUGCGGCCCGAGUUUGUAAUAAUGGAUCCAAAAACAGACAGCAAAGCAGAGGAGGUAUGUGUGAAUCCCAUGAUCUCGUACACUGACAGCUGCAACUGCUCUGACUCCAGUGACAUUGAGCUGAGCGAUGAGUGGGUUGGGAAGAAGUCACCGAAGUUAUCCCGAGGAAACAGGAUGAACAUGGAAUCGAGAAAAUCCCCCAAAAUUUCACGCGCCAAUCAGGAAGGCCAGCGAUCGCCACGGUUGCCGACGAAGAAGCCUCCUGCUCGGUCUCCCAGUCUGACACGUCGAGAGUUUUCAAUGGAUGGCCUCACAGAGCACAACUAUCUUGCUCAAGUCACGUCCAACAUUUGGGGGACCAAAUUCAAAAUUGUUGGACUCGCCUCUUUUCUCCCCGCCAAUCUUGGUGCAGUCAUCUAUAAGACGAGUUUGCUUCAUCUGCAACCCAGACAAAUGACAAUCUACCUUCCAGAAGUGCGGAAGAUUUCUCAUGACUUCAUGAGCCUGCCUGUGUUUAACCCCAAUGUGUUCAGUGAGGAUGAGGAUGAUUUACCAGUGAUGGGGCCGUCUGGAGUGGCAGGUGACAACCCUCCAUGUACUGUCAACAUUCCCAUCGCUCCCAUCCACAGCCCGGCUCAGGCCAUGUCUCCAACUCAAAGCAUCGGCUUGGUUCAGUCACUUCUGGCCAAUCAGAAUAUUCAGCUCGACGUCCUGACGAACCCUACAGCCACGGCAGCAGCUGCAGCUGCAGCAGCAGCAGCUUCUGUCCCUGUGGCCGAUCAUGGGCAGGAUGCAGUCGCAUCACCAUACCCAGUGCCAACUAGAUACUCGAACCCUGGUCAGGUGAUCUUCAAUGGGCUGGAAAUGGGUCCUCUUCUUCCUGGUACUCUUCCUCCUCCACCACCACCUCACCAUCUCCCACCACAGCCUCACCCGCAGCGAUCUCAUGCAACGCAGCCUCGCCAACAGCAGUCCAAACAGUCUCAACAAAUGCAAACGCAGCAGCAGCAGCAGCAGCAGCAGCAACAGCAGCAGCAGCAGCAGCAGCAGAAAAUGCAUCAUCAUCAACAACAGCAGCAGCAGCAGCAGCAGCAGCAGCAGCAACACCAUCUGCAGUCCCAAUCACAGCAGCUGCAACAUCAGCAACUGCAGCAGCAACAGCAGCAGUUACAGCAGCAGCAACAGCAGUUGCAGCAGCAACAGCUUCAGCAACUGCACCACCAGCAGGCGCUACAUCAACAGCAGCAACAGCAUCAACAACAGGUUCAGCAACACCAACAAAUGCAUCAAAAUCAGCCGGUGACACCCCAACAACUUCAGCAGCAGCAUCAGCUCCAGCAGCAGCAGCAACAGAUGCAGCUGCAGCACGAGCAGAUGCAGCAGCAGCAGCAGCAGAUGCAACAGCAGCAGCAGCAGAUCCGCCAACAGAUCCAGGAGAUGAGGCAGCAGCAGCAGCAGCUCCAGCAGCAGCACCAGCAGAUCCAGCAGCAACAUCAACAGAUGCAGAGGCAGCACCAACAAAUGCAGCAGCAGCUGAAGAUGCAGAUGUCGCUGCCGCCUCCUCCAACCGGCUAUCCUUCCAUUACUUUACAACAGAUUCAUCUUCUGCCUCAGAUGCCUCCUCCCACCACUGAGCCUACAAUCAACAGAGGGGAGCAUGGACACACUCUGACUCUGAAACCGAGUCUGCCACGUACAUUACCCCCCUUCACUGACAUGGAUGGCUCUAUGGAGAUGCAGAUGAGGAAGGCUAAUCCUCCUCCUCCAUACCCGGGCACCGUAGCGUCUGCAGCGGCUGCUACAGCCGUCACUACGCCUCAAACUCUUGUCACAAACUGUGACAGCCCAAGUGUCCUGGCGCCUGACCCCUGCCUCAAGAAGGAUGAAUUUUUGCUUCACCCUGUCACUUUGCAGUACCCAACACCUCUGGGAUAUGAAAGGAUCACAACCUUUGACAGCAGUGGGAAUGUGGAAGAGGUUUGUAGGCCACGCAGGCGUCUCAUUCGUAACCAAAAUGCAUAUGCUGUCCACGGCUCGGCCACACUCAAAGUCACGUCAUCAGAGAAUAAAAAGAUUCAGCUUCCCUACAGCUCAGCAACACUGAGCCGCCUCUCUGUCCCUCGAUACUCAAUACCUAGUGGUGACCCGCCUCCUUACCCAGAUCCAGCCAAUCAAGUGAGUGCUACUCUUCCUCCUCCACAGAGAAUUGAUAGCAGCCUGAUUCAUGCCACUCUACGUCGUGACCGCAGAGACGUGGGACUUAAAGUGCCACAGAUGAUGGAGAGCUCAAGAACCCUACCCUCCAAGGCUAAAAUAAACAGUGCACUAGCGCUGAGCUAUCAGCAGAGGGUGCCCACUGCAUUGUACACAUGCACUCAGUGCAGCAGUAACAACAGCAGCACCAGUGUCAGUGUAAGUGGUGGCGGCACUACAAGUAGUGGGAUUGCAGGCGGGACGGUGGUGAGGCAGGACUUCCCACCAGGGAAAGGGGCACAUCACAGCACCAUCAUCGUGCACUCUAAAGGCGCGUCACCACUGGCCUCUCAGUCCUCGUACAGUCUGCUGGGUGCUGUUGAUAACAGCAGGGACAGGACAGUGUACGUUAACUCCGCCUUCACUGAAGAUGAGACUUUAAAUCAGCAGUGUCACCUUGAAAAAUCUGUACGUCAGCUGACUCUCGGCGAUGUCAGCUUGACAGUAAAGCGCCCUCCGCCUUAUCAGUGGGACACCUCCACCACAGAGGAGUUCUGGCUCACCCCAGAGCAAACGAUGUUAGCUCCUCCACCAGGACCUCAUAAACCACCUCCUAUCCUCAUCAGUCAGGCUCAGCACUUGGAUGUGACCAGGCUACCAUUUGUCCUCACGACUAAACCUCCAACCAGUCCAAGCACAAGCACUCUUACCUUCCCGUCAGGUUACCAGAUAUCCCUCUCGCCUUUUCCUCCGGGUGUGGGUCACAGUGGUCCUUCACUUCAGACCUUACAGAACCCCCCACCUCAGUGCUCCCCAAAUGAUGUGGUAACUUCAGUCCCUUUUGCUCAGCAGGACCCCAACUUGGUCUUGCCACCGGGAUAUCCUCCCAAUCUAGCUAACUUGGCGUGCUGCCCUCUGCCUCCAAUGUACCCAGGAGCCAGCUCAUGUGCUGGACUCCAGCUGCACCCUGUCAACCUUCACCCCUGGAACCCUUACCCCUGCCCACCUCCCAUGCAAGACCCUCCAGCACCUCCCCUCCCUACCAAAACGCAUCAGAUUUUAGAGAAGCCAAUUCUGUCCCCACCUCCUCCUACUGGGCCACCUCCUCCACCCCCUCUGCCUCCCCCUCCUCCACCUACUGAGCUACCACCAUCCAAAAGUGCCACAGAGGAUCUCGCAGAGUCUGCUAACAACUUUCCAGAGCCAUCUUCCCUGAAUGAAAGCCCCGUGCCACAGGAGUCAGAGCGCUUCAACAAAAAGAGCCGCAAAAGACUGGACAGCAGAGCCGAGGAGGCCAACAUGCCCAACGUCUCUGAGAGCAAAUCCAGAAAGGAAGGGCGGGCGCUGUCUGACUUCAACACUCUUAUUUCCAGCCCAAGGCUUGGCAGCAGAGAGAAGAAGAAGCCCAAGGGCCAGAGAGAGCAGCUCAAUAAAACUAAGAAGAUGAGCCGGACCACAAACGAGUUCCAGGAUAGCUCAGAGAGCGAGCCGGAGCUGUUCAUCAGCGGUGAUGAGCUCAUGAACCAGAACCAGAGCAGUAAAAAGAGCUGGAAGAACAAGCGCAGCAUGCGCAUGGCGAGCGAACUGGAGGAGAUCAAGUGCCGCAAGGCGAACGAAAGAGAGGACCGUAGUUUGGGAAGCCAGGGAUUUGUCUAUGUCAUGGCCAAUAAACAGCCACUGUGGAACGAAGCCACCCAGGUCUACCAGCUGGACUUUGGAGGACGAGUCACGCAGGAAUCAGCAAAGAACUUUCAGAUUGAGCUGGAUGGUAGACAGGUGAUGCAGUUCGGGCGAAUCGAUGGGAAUGCCUAUAUCCUGGAUUUUCAGUAUCCUUUCUCAGCAGUGCAGGCAUUUGCUGUCGCCUUGGCCAACGUGACUCAAAGGCUGAAGUGAAAAAGCUAACUUUGCGUUGUUGUAGACUAACUCAAAAGGAGCCACACUGGUCUUACUCCCCCCCAAAGCGUGGGGCUAAAGCUGAGGAAAUGUCAGUGUUGUGGUGGUUCUUUUUUCGAAAGAUGAGAUUAAGUUGGUCUUGGACGUGCAGAUCUUUAGCUGUCAGUCUGUGAACGCAGUCGAGGUCGGUGGUCACGGAGUCUCAACGAGUUAACUCCAUCAUUUCUAGUUCACAUGUUGAAUGUACUCAAGCUAAUUUUAUUUAUUAUUUAAAUGUUAUUUAGUGCAGUAAAAAAAAUAAAAUAUAUCAACCUUCACUGGAUAAACAAAAGGUUAACUAAGUACAUGUUUGAACGGAUUUUAAAAACAGUUUGGAGGUUUAGUAACACGUGUGAAGUCAAAUGACAGCUAAUUUAAUGUGUUUAAAAUGAAUACAUUUUUCAUAAAUGUUUGUAAUGUCAGGGUUGCCUGCUUUGUGACGUGUGGUGGCAUUCAAAAUUGCAAAUGCAUUUUGACAAAGCCAUACUCACACAAACACUGUUGUAAUUAAGUUUUAAGCAGGUUUUUUUUCAAUACCUUUAUUUAUAUUUUUAUUCAUCAUUCAAACCUCAUUUGUUCACAGCCAUGAUUUGAUUUUUAGUCUGUUUACUUUGUAAUAUGUCCUCUAUGUUAUGUGCAAAUUGCUGAACAUGCAAUAGAAGAAUAUAUUGAUUCUGUAACUGCAACGUGAGGAGUUGAGUACAGUUAUACAUAGUUUGUAUAUUUUCUAUUCAUGAUACUUCUAUGAAGUGGUGCAACGAACAUAAACAUGAAUUAUUUUGGCCACAAUACAGCAAAUCAUUUGUUCGGUCAGAGCCGCUGUGAUCUCACAAUGUAUUGCUCAUUUUUUUCACAUGUAAAUGUACGUAUUCUUUUCCAUUUUUCAAAAAUUCCCCUGAUAAAGUCAAAUGCGUUUGGCUCAAAGUAAGAGGGGAAGAUGGUUCAGAAUGGUCCGAUCCCCACCAACAAAUUUUGCUCUCAGUGAAUCUCAAACUUGGUUGGCUCUUUGUUGUUUCAAGUGGGUGUUUAUGAUGCUACUACAUCAGUAGUUUGCCUUGUUGGAAAUCAGUGCUGCUUUAGAUAGAUAGAGCUUGUGUGCAAUAAUGCUCCUACUUAGAACUGAUGUUGUACUUGCAAAAAAGAAAAUACAAAGCUGCUUGUGUAUUAGUAAAAUGACCGAACAUCAUUAUAUGCUUACAAAAAUGUGCUUAUUUGUUGCUAAUUUCAGUAAUUUUUGUACAUCACCUUUGCUUUAACAUGGUACCAAGAGUUUUUUGAUGUUACACUUGUAGAAAAAAAAAGAAAAAAAAGAAUGAGAACAAUAAAAGUUGCAAAGGUAUAAAAUACAACAUAUUCAGAUUUAACUGUUAGUAAGAGUGAGAUUCAUGUAGAUUUGGUGCUAUUGUAUAAAGAAAACAAAUGUGGAAAUGUACGGACAUUUUUUCAUUUGCUAACAGAAGGUUAUUUUAAAGUAUAUGAAGAAAGUAUUUUGAGAGAGGAUACAGGACAUUUAGUGCAGAGAGUUUUUCAUUUAACAGCUUUUCAGUUAAUGCAGCUUCAGAGACGUCAGUUAUCAGCAAUACUGCCUAAUGAAUAGUUGGUUGCCUGAUUUUUUUUUUUUUCUCUUAUUUUGUGAAGGAAACAAAUAUGAUAAGACCAUAGGUUUACAUGGACCUAUAGGCUGGCCUAAAUCUAAUAAAAGAUACAUUGUUCCAAA